UGGCAAAAGAGAUAGACCAUGCUGUUUACCAGAAGGAAGACACUACAGCUGCGUCUGCACCUCACGGACUACCCUCAUGGGCCACACAGAGAUAGCCAGAGCACAGACCUAGGCGUGUCUCCAACAGGUCAAAGUGUUCCCUAGCUGCCUCGGAGGCCUCCCCUUCCUGCUCUACUUGCUCCUGUGUCUCUGGGAUCCCCUCAGCUCCAGGCAGGGUCUCCUCUCUGCCACCCUCCCAAUAACACAGAGGGCCCGGCAAAGGGAUGUAGAUGAUGAACAUGAGGAAGAGGACCUUCAAGUGGCUCACCUUCCUCCUGCUUCUCGUCUUCCUCACAUCCUUUGUCCUGAACUACUCAAGCACGGUACUGUACGCUGCCUGGUUCUCCAAGCAGAUGGUCCUGGGGUUCUCAGACAACUUACACAAGCUCAUCAAGGCCCAGCCCUGCACCUGCACACACUGCAUCAGCCAGGGCAAGGUCUCCUACUGGUUCGACCAGCGCUUCAACAAGACCAUGCAGCCGCUGCUGACAGCCCACAAUGCUCUGAUGGACGAGGACACGUACCAGUGGUGGCUGAGGCUCCAGCGGGAGAGGAAGCCUAACAACCUGAGUGACACUAUCAAGGAACUGUUUCGUGUGGUGCCUGGGAAUGUGGAUCCCGCGCUGGAUAAGAGGUUGGUGGGUUGCCGGCGCUGUGCAGUCGUGGGAAACUCCGGGAACUUGAAGGACUCCUCGUACGGGCCUGACAUUGACAGCCAUGAUUUUGUGGUAAGGAUGAACAGGGCACCCACUGUGGGCUUUGAGGCAGAUGUUGGGAGCAGGACCACCCACCAUCUUGUGUAUCCUGAGAGCUUCCGGGAGCUGGGAGAGAAUGUCAGCAUGGUCCUGGUCCCCUUCAAGACCACCGACCUGCAGUGGGUGGUCAGCGCUACCACCACAGGCACCAUCACUCACACCUACGUCCCCGUGCCCCCGAAGAUCAAAGUGAAACAAGAGAAGAUCCUGAUCUACCACCCAGCCUUCAUCAAGUAUGUCUUUGACAGCUGGCUUCAGGGGCAUGGGCGGUACCCGUCAACUGGAAUCCUCUCCGUCAUCUUCUCCAUUCAUGUCUGUGAUGAGGUGGACUUGUAUGGCUUCGGGGCAGACAGCAAAGGGAAUUGGCACCAUUACUGGGAAAACAAGACAUCUGCAGGUGCAUUCCGAAAGACAGGGGUGCAUGAUGCUGACUUCGAGUACAAUGUCACAACCAACCUGGCAGCUAUCAACAAAAUUCGCAUCUUCAAGGGGAGAUGAUGCUGCGACCCACUAAGGACGGACACAUCUCGUCUCACCUCUCAACUUGCAGCCCCAGCAUCUCACUGAAGCUGCUCUGUUCUAGAAGCUUCCAGGGCUGAACUUGGGGUGUCCCCGGGCUUGCUGGCAGCCUCAUAUACCCUCGUUUUGGUUGCAUCUAUUUAGCAAUGUUGUCCAACUCUCCCAGGGUACAGAGCAAGGCUCUGGCCUGUCUAAGGUGGGAGCGCUUUCUCACUGCUGUCUCCUGGCUGGAGGAAAGUGGGAAGAUACUGGGAACAGUCUCACAUCCAAAUAAUGACAGUUAUUUUGACUUCUGGGGUGGGGGGGGGGAAAAUAAAUCCUGAAGAUUCCUAUGUU